AUGUCUUCAAGUGACGAAAUUGAAACAUAUCGUCUUUGGCGGAUCCGCAAAACAGUUAUGCAGAUGUGUCAUGACCGAGGGUAUCUUGUGACUCAAAUGGAACUUGAUCAGACAUUGGAACAGUUCAAGCAACAGUUCGGAGAUGCUCCCAGUGAGCGAAGACCGGCACGCAGUGACCUGACGAUUCUUGUGGCGCAUAAUGACGAUCCGACAGAUCAGGCCUUCGUAUUUUUCCCCGAGGAGAAGCGGAUCGGCAUUAAGAUCAUCAAAGCCUAUUGCCUACGUAUGCAGGAGGAAAACAUCAGCAGGGCCAUCUUGGUGGUGCAAGAAGGAAUUACACCAUCUGCAAAACAGGUACUUUGUACUUCAGGAAGAUGUUCAUAACG